AAAUACAAUUAAUAAGAGAACCAACUUGUUGUAUUUCCCACUAUUUUGUUUUAGGCAAAAGGAAUUUAUUUAUAAUUGUUUUUAAUAAACCCGGUAUAUCACCGUAACGAGUUUCUAGGGAUUUUUAGGUUUGUGAAGUGGCGAUACUAAUAAAAACAAUAAACCUAACCAUAACUGUAAUGUAGCUUUGUUUACUCAUUUUAAAUAAAUUUAUUGCAAAAUUUUAAUUUAGUAUAGGCAAAAUGACCCACUUGCCAAUGAGUCGAGUUAAAACAAUAAUGAGAAGUUCUGCGGACGUAGAAAGCGUUCAUAAAGAAGCAGUAUUGUCGCUUGCUAAAGCAACUGAAGGUUUUCUGAAAGGUUUAUCAAACGAGGUGUUUAGAAGUUCACGGCCAGCACACACAAUAACCUAUACACAUGUCUCAGACGUUGUUCAUGAUUGUGAGAAAUAUGAAUUUCUAAGAGAAAUAAUCCCAAAAAAAAUAACUGUGGGGGACUACAAGAAGUUACUACAGAAGGAAAAAAUAACAAAUGGGAAAAAUCAAGAUCCAGCAAAUAGAAGUAUUGUACAGUAAAUGCUUUAUCAACUUAAUGGUAAGAUAAAUAAAGAAUCGCUGUUAUUUCUUAUCAAUUAA